AUGGAAAAUAAGUCAAGAGUUAGUGAAUUCCUCCUGAAUGGAUUCCCUGAUACUGAGGAGCUACGGAUAGUCCAUAUCCUUGUUUUUUUAAUAAUUUAUUUGGUAGCCCUCACUGAAAAUAUCAUCAUCAUCACUGUCAUUGUUUAUAGUCAUCAGCUCCAUUCACCCAUGUAUUUUUUUCUAGUCAACCUAUCUUUGCAAGAUCUUGAUCUUGGCUCCGUCUCUGUCACAGUUCCUAAGUCACUGCUGAAUUCCUUGAUGAACACUGAAACCAUUUCUUACUCUGGAUGUCUCUGCCAAGUUUUCUUCCUUGUUUUCUUCAUGCUGUCUCACUUCUUUCUCCUCGGUGUCAUGGCGUAUGAUCGUUAUGUAGCCAUCUGCAAUCCUUUGCGUUAUGAGACGGUACUGAACAAGAGAGCCUGCAUCCGAAUGGCAACCGGUGCAUGGAUGGGUGGCCUGUUUUAUUCAACAAUCUAUACGGGAAAUGUAUUCACAGUGGAGUUCUGCUCCAGGAUCAUCCAUCAGUUCUUUUGUGAAAUCCCUCAGUUGCUCAAGAUCUCUUGCUCAGACUCGUAUCUUCCAGUAGUGUGGGCUGUUAUCUUUGGUUCUUGUUUAGCUUUUCUCUAUUUUGCUCCAAUUGUUUUUUCUUAUAUUCAGAUCUUCAGAGCAGUUUUGAGAAUCCCAUCUACCCAAGGGAAGCAAAAGGCCUUCUCUACCUGUUUACCCCAUCUCUUUGUCAUUUGCCUGUUUCUGGUAAGUGGUACUUUUGCAUACCUGAGACACACAACAAGCUCCCCAUCAACAUCAGAUAUACUGAUUUCUCUGUUUUACUGUGUGUUGCCACCAGUCAUGAAUCCACUGAUCUACAGCAUGAGGAACAAAGAACUCAAAAUGGCAUUUUGGAAGCUGACACUGAUCUACAGCAUGAGGAACAAAGAACUCAAAAUGGCAUUUUGGAAGCUGACACUGAUCUACAGCAUGAGGAACAAAGAACUCAAAAUGGCAUUUUGGAAGCUGAUUUUCACUAUUUUUCCCCAUACCUUACGGAAAUAUUCUCAGUUAUGUGUGUUUUAG